AUGUCAGGGGCGUCUGACUUUUUAAGUAAGGGGAUAGAUCUAGUACAAAAGGCUAUAGAUGCAGAUACUGCCACAAGAUAUGAAGAAGCAUACAAGUUAUAUUACAAUGGAUUAGAUUAUUUAAUGUUAGCAAUAAAGUAUGAAAAAAAUCCUAAAUCAAAAGAAUUAGUUAAAUCAAAAUUCACAGAAUAUUUAACAAGAGCAGAACAGCUUAAGGAUCAUUUGGAGAAUCAACAAAACAAAUCAAACUCUGCUGAAAAUUCCGCAAAUGGUUCUACAAAGGCUAAGAAAUCUGGUAGUGGAGAUGGAGAUGAUGAUGAUGCCGAUACCAAAAAAUUAAGAGGAGCGUUAGCAGGUGCGAUCUUAUCGGAAAAGCCUAAUGUCAAAUGGUCAGAUAUAGCUGGAUUAGAUUCCGCAAAAGAAGCUUUAAAAGAAGCUGUCAUAUUACCAGUUAAAUUUCCACAUUUAUUUGUGGGUAAUAGGAAACCAACAUCAGGUAUAUUGUUAUAUGGACCACCGGGAACAGGUAAAUCAUAUUUAGCCAAAGCUGUAGCAACAGAAGCAAAUUCAACUUUUUUCAGUGUUUCAUCCUCUGAUUUAGUUUCAAAAUGGAUGGGAGAGUCUGAAAGAUUAGUGAAACAAUUAUUUACAAUGGCUAGGGAAAAUAAACCAUCAAUUAUUUUUAUUGAUGAAGUCGAUGCAUUGUGUGGACCAAGAGGUGAAGGAGAAAGUGAAGCUUCAAGAAGAAUUAAAACUGAGUUAUUAGUUCAAAUGAAUGGGGUUGGAAAUGAUUCUCAGGGAGUUUUAGUACUAGGAGCCACAAAUAUUCCUUGGCAACUAGAUGCUGCAAUAAGGAGAAGAUUUGAAAGAAGAAUAUAUAUUGCUUUACCUGACGUUGAAGCAAGAACUAGAAUGUUUGAAAUAAAUAUUGGUGAUGUUCCUUGUGAAUGUACACCUCAUGAUUAUCGAACAUUGGCCGAUUUGACAGAUGGAUAUUCAGGUCAUGAUGUUGCAGUUGUUGUGAGAGAUGCAUUAAUGCAACCAAUACGAAAAAUCCAGCAAGCCACACAUUUCAAACCUGUAAUAGAUGAAAUAGAUGGUAAAGAAAAAUAUACACCAUGUUCACCUGGUGAUGAAGGAGCAAAAGAAAUGAGUUGGAUGGAAAUUGGAACAGAUGAAUUAAAAGAACCACCUUUAACUAUAAAAGAUUUCAUCAAAUCAAUAAAAAGUAAUAGACCAACUGUUAAUGCAUCUGAUAUAUCUAAUCAUGUUAAAUUUACUGAAGAUUUCGGUCAAGAAGGGAAUUAA